CGCUAUUUACGAAUAAUGACUGGGUUAGCUGCACAUCGUCUUGGUUUUUUUAGGAGUCAUGCAUCCGUGGGAUUUACAUUCAUUCGUCACUAUACAAAACUCUCCGUGAAAGAUAUAAAUCCUAAUAUGCGGAGGCUGGAGUACGCUGUAAGGGGCCCUAUCGUUCAACUUGCUAACGAACUUGAAAAAGGACUUUUGAGUGGCGAAAAAAAGGCAUUUGAUAGCAUAAUUAGAUGUAACAUCGGUGACUGUCAAUUCGCCGGCCAGACACCUAUAUCUUUUAUACGUCAAGUUAUUGCCGUUGCCAGUAACACGCGUCUGAUGGAUUCUCCUAUAAUUCCCGACGAUGCAAAAGAACGUGCUUUACGUUUUCUUCGAAGUGUGGGUGGCAGUGUUGGUUCGUACAGUCAAUCUACAGGCGUCGAAAUAGUUCGUGAAGAUGUAGCUCGUUAUAUUGAGCUACGAGAUGGCAUCCCCUCGUCUACAGAGGAUAUUUUUUUGACUUGUGGAGCUUCGGAGGCCGUAAAGUUUAUUCUUGAACUUGUUGCAACAACUAGAGAGGGCACGCAAAGGGCCGGCGUUAUGAUUCCCAUCCCCCAGUAUCCACUGUAUUCUGCUACGCUGAGUGAAUACAACAACUAUCAGAUUGGCUACUACUUAGACGAAGACAAGGGGUGGAGUCUCGGAACGGAGGAACUAAAUCAGCGCCUGGAAGAGUCAAAGAAGCAUUGCGAUCCUCGAGUGAUUGUUGUGAUCAACCCGGGCAACCCCACGGGGCAGGUGUUGACUAAGGAAAAUAUCGAGGCGGUGUUGCGCUUUGCACACAAAAACAACCUCAUGGUAGUUGCCGACGAGGUCUAUCAGCACAACAUUUAUGUCAGCGAUAGGCAGUUCCACUCAUUCAAAAAGGUUCUUCACGACCUCGGUGGUGAUAUUGCCAACGAGGUUCAACUCGCUAGUUUGAUGUCUGCCAGCAAAGGAUUUAUGGGAGAGUGCGGUUUUCGUGGCGGAUACUGCGAACUGGUUAAUUUCGAUCCGGAAGUUCGUAGGGAGCUGUACAAGUGUCUUUCAGCUCGUCUGUGUCCGCCUGUUCUUGGUCAGCUUGCCAUGAACGUGAUCGUAAAUCCGCCCAAGCCCGGUGAGCCUUCGUAUGAGACUUUCACCUCAGAGAAAGCCAAGGUCUUGAGCGACCUGGCCAAGAAGGCCAAACUCGUGGAGACUCUCUUCAACGAGUUACCAGGCUACAAGUGUCAGCCUGUCAUGGGCGCCAUGUACGCCUUUCCGCGGAUCGAACUUCCCGCAAAAGCCAAGGAGGCGGCUGAGCGUGCCAAUAUGCCCCCUGACACGUUCUACGUGACAAAGUUGUUAAAGAGCACUGGCAUCUGUGUUGUACCAGGAAGUGGUUUCGUUCAAAAACCCGGAACAUCUCACUUCCGGUAA